AUGGUCUUGUUACAGGCACUAGUGUCUUCGCAUGUCCUGGCGGGAUUUCUCAGCUCCGCUCUUCUCACGUUCCUCAUAUGCAUCGUUGAGGAGUGGCUGCACCAGCGUAAGCUCAGACGGCAGCUCGUCGACGCCCCGGUCCUCAACCUCAAGGGCCGAGACUUUGACACAGCGAGCCGCGAAUACAAGGAGAAUCUUCGAGGGUUGCUGAAGACCGGCUACACGCAGUUCAAGAACGGCGUGUAUCAGCUAUGGAGGCCCGACGGAUACAUCACCGUCAUCAGCAAAGGCUUCAUCGACGAGUUGAAGAGCCUCCCCACCGAAACCCUGGACUUCCAUGCAGCCGUGCAAACGAAUUUCAUCGGCAAGUACGAAUGGGUCACGCUGGGGUCGAAUUUGCUGGCGCAUACAAUCCUGGAGGACCUUACGCAGCAGACUUCUGCGCUCCUGCCGAUCAUGGCCGACGAGAUUGCGAAGACGUUCGAUGAAGAGAUGCCCGGCUGCAAAGAAUUCACGCCAGUCACCGUAUACGAGUGUCUCACACGCGUCGCGGCGAUCCUGACCGGACGAGUUUUUGUGGGCGCGCCGCUGAACCGCAACGAAAAAUGGCUCGAGGCGACAAUCGACUUUACACACGACGUUUACAUCGGCGGCUCGAAGCUGAGGAAAUGGAAUUACCUGCUGCGGCCGAUUGUGGCGCGCUUCCUGGUCCCCGAGAUUCGCAAGGUCUGGAAGCAUCAGGAAACGGCACGGCGCUUCCUGGUGCCCAUCAUGGAGGAGCGGUCCGCGGCCCAGAAGAGGCCCGGCUACAAGAAGCCCAACGACCUGAUCCAGUGGUUGAUGGACAAUGCCGCCAAGGAGACGAAGCCCACGAGCUUCGCACGUCUCGCGGAGCUACAACUCCUGGCAAGCUUCGCUGCGAUCCACACUACUUCGCUGACCUGCACGCAUGUGCUGUUUGACCUGGCUGCCAGGCCCGAGUACAUAGAGCCGCUUCGAGAGGAGCUCGACGCUGUAGAGGCACGCUUCGGCACUCUCCACACGAAACAGGCCUUGAGCCAACUGUCCAGGAUGGACAGCUUCAUGAAGGAAUCGCAGCGGCUGAACCCGCCAGGACUUCUAACGUUCCCGCGUCUCGUGCGCAAGCCCAUUACCCUCUCGAACGGCACGCUCCUGCCCGAGGGGACGCAGCUGAUCGUGCCGGCCGGGUACAUCUCGCUCGACAACGAAGUGUGGGAGAGGGCGGACGAUUUCCAGGGCUUCCGCUUCGCGGACCUGCGCACCGCCCGCGCCGAAGACGGGCACAAGCACCAGUUCGUCAGCACCUCGCCGAACGCCAUGCACUUCGGGCACGGCCGCCGCAGCUGUCCGGGCCGUUUCUUUGCCGGCCACGAGCUGAAGAGCAUCCUCGCCCACCUGCUCCGCACCUACGACUUCAAGCUGGCGGGCGGCCCGGAUGCGCGCCGCCCCGCCAACAAGGAGGAGAUGGACUUGGUCAACCCGGACGAUAAGGCGCAGCUGUUGUUUCGCCGCAGGAAGGCGUGCGAGUAA